GCACUGUAAAUUAACCUUACCCGAGGUGGCAGCGCUGUGCACUAAACCCUUAGGGGGGUAACGUCACUCCCCCUGGCAUAUCAGCCUCUGUCCUCUAUUCUUGUCCACCACAUCGCCACAGAGAACGUCAACAUCGCAUCCAUCUUCAACUAGAAAUGGUUUACAAACUAUAUCUGACCAAAGCAGAAAUCCUCCCCGAUUCCGUACGCAUCGGCAAGGAGUCAUUCCUAUGCUCUGGUAUGCAUGCUGGCUGAAGUGUAUUCUAGUGAAUUUGGGAAAGGUCAUUUAAAGUGCAAGGUGAGUGCGCCGAGAAUGAUUUGUGACAAAGGAAAUAUCAGCAAGAGGCAACAACAGUAACUUCAGGGUCUCAUUGCAAACGCGCCUUUACACAAGAGCACGGAAUAAUCAUGCCUGUACGAAGAGGUCAUGUUGCGCCACAAAAUACAUUUCUUGGGAUAAUAAUAAGGAAAUUCGAGGGACAGAAUAGGAAAUUUGUCAUAGCCAAUGCCCGGGUGCAGAACUGUGCAAUCAUCUACUGUAACGAUGGCUUCUGUGAGAUGACUGGCUACUCCAGACCGGAUGUCAUGCAGAAGCCGUGCACCUGUGAAUUCCUCCACGGCGAGCACACUGACACACAUGCCAUCAGCCAGGUGGACCAGGCUCUGAUGGGCUCAGAGGAGCGCAAGGUGGAAAUCACAUAUCAUCGCAAAGAUGGGACGGACUUCCAGUGCUACACUCACAUAAUCCCGGUGAAGAACGAGGAAGGCGUAGUGAUGUUGUUCAUUCUAAACUUUGAUUACGUACUUGAGGAAGGAAGCAGCGACUCGACAGAGAAGCUGAAUCACUCAUCCCCGGAAAGAAGUGACUCCAGAAAGGGACGAUUCUUCCGAUUCCGCCAGGCUGCCUUGAGCCUGGUCUCCAACAAACAGUCUCUUCCACAAGAGGACCCAGAUGCCGUCGUGGUGGACUCCCCCUCCCCCAAACAGAACGAGGACUCUGUUGCUCUGACCAACUUCCAGUCGCCCCCGACCGAGGACAACUGCAGCCCCACCGAUGCCAACGACACACGGGCCCUCAUCAGCUCCAGCCACCACUCCUCCCAGACCAGUGUGCAUGGACCCGGACCCCUGGACCACUCCUCUCCCAAGCAGCACCCGUGGGACAGGCUGUACCAGACGGAGGCGCACCAGUCCACCACCUGCCUCGCACACACCAUCUCCAGAGGCAGCAUCAGCGGGAGCAGCAUGAGGCGAGCGUCCUCCGUCCACGACAUAGAAGGCUUCAGCAACUCCAAGAGCAUGUUCAGGGACCGACACGCGAGUGAAGACAAUGGUCGCUAUAUCAGAGGUCCGUUCAAUCAUCUCAAGUCCAGUUUGCUGGGCUCCACCUCUGAGUCCAACAUCAACAAGUACAGCACCAUCAACAAGAUCCCGUUGAUUGCGCUCAACUUCACGGAGCGGAAUAACGAAAAUAAGGCACACUCUCCCCCAUCGUCAGAAAACACUAUCAUAGCACCCAAGGUUAAGGACAGAACGCACAAUGUCACUGAGAAAGUCACACAGGUACUGUCACUGGGUGCUGAUGUCCUUCCAGAAUACAAGCUCCAGACUCCACGCAUGGACAGAUUCACCAUCCUCCACUACAGUCCCUUCAAAGCUAUGUGGGACUGGCUCAUCCUGCUGCUGGUCAUCUAUACAGCCAUCCUCACACCCUACUCUGCUGCUUUCCUACUCAAUGACCGCGAGGAGCAGAUGAGGCGCGAGUGUGGAUACUCCUGCAAUCCCCUGAACGUGGUGGAUUUCAUGGUGGACAUCAUGUUCAUCGUUGACAUCGUUAUCAACUUCCGGACCACAUAUGUGAACCUAAACGAGGAAGUCGUCAGCCAACCAGGGAAGAUCGCCAUUCACUAUUUCAAAGGCUGGUUCCUUAUAGACAUGGUGGCUGCGAUCCCCUUUGACCUGCUUAUCUUCGGUUCAGGAUCAGAUGAAACCACCACUCUGAUUGGCCUAUUGAAGACAGCCCGACUUCUGCGAUUGGUGCGUGUUGCCCGGAAACUGGACCGUUACUCUGAGUACGGAGCGGCUGUACUCAUCCUACUCAUGUGCAUCUUUGCACUCAUCGCUCACUGGCUAGCUUGCAUAUGGUACGCCAUUGGCAAUGUGGAAAAGCCUUACCUGGAGCACAACAUUGGUUGGCUCGACAAUCUUGGGGUAUCCAUUGGCAAGAGGUAUAACUUCAGUGACCCUAACUCUGGGCCCUCCAUCAAGGACAAAUACGUCACCGCACUUUACUUCACUUUCAGCAGUCUAACCAGCGUGGGCUUUGGGAAUGUCUCCCCAAAUACCAACUCAGAAAAGAUCUUCUCUAUCUGUGUCAUGCUGAUCGGCUCCCUCAUGUAUGCCAGCAUCUUCGGUAACGUGUCAGCUAUCAUCCAGCGGCUGUACUCGGGCACGGCCAGGUACCACACCCAGAUGCUCCGGGUUCGAGAGUUCAUCCGCUUCCACCAGAUCCCCAACCCGCUAAAGCAGCGGCUGGAGGAGUAUUUCCAACACUCCUGGACCUACACGAAUGGCAUCGACAUGAACACGGUGUUAAAAGGCUUCCCUGAGUGUCUGCAGGCAGAUAUCUGCCUCCACCUCAACCAGGCUCUGUUGGAGAGCUGUAAGGCCUUCCACGGAGCCACCAAGGGCUGCCUGAGAGCCCUGGCCAUGCGCUUCCAGACCACCCACGCCCCCCCAGGGGACACCCUGGUCCACAGCGGAGACGUCCUCACCGCACUUUACUUCCUGUCUCGGGGCUCCAUAGAGAUCCUGAAAGAUGACAUUGUGGUAGCCAUUCUGGGAAAGAAUGACAUCUUUGGAGAAAUGAUCCAUCUGUACGCCAAACCUGGAAAGUCCAAUGCGGACGUCAGAGCCCUGAGUUACUGUGACCUGCAUACCAUACAGAGAGAUGAUCUCUUAGAGGUGCUUGACAUGUACCCUGAGUUUGCCGAUUUCUUCCUGACAAAUCUGGAGCUGACAUUCAACCUCCGAGAUGAGAAUGGCAAGGCUGCGUAUUCUCACGCUAGUGACUCAGAUCCAGAGGAAGACGUUAAGAGCACAAAGAUCACAAGAAGGAUCUCCUUCACACCGCAUCCAACUAAAGGGGGGAGCAACAAGGAAACAGAAAAUGACUCCGGGAGGGAGAGGGAGUCCUACUUGUGCCUAAAGAGAACUUCAGUUGACCUGAAACACUCAGGGAAGGAAGAGCAGAUGUCCAUGGGCUCGGCCAUCCAGGGGUGUCCCUCGGUGGAAGACCUUGCACUGGGGCUCGACUCCAAUCCCCCUGGGGACAUCAUGGAGAGAACUCCCUCUUAUGACGAUAACAUUGAGCAUGGAAAUCAAUUGCUGUUCUCCUACAGACAGUCAUCUACAGUCACCUCAGAUCUGUGCAAUGACAAAUGGGUCUGCGAGAAGCCCCGAGACUACCUGGAUGAGUCAGCACAAUUGCAGGACCUGAGGGGCGAGGACGGCGAUGCCAGUGAAAUCACAUACGGAGAGGUGGAGCAACGCUUAGAUCAGCUCGAAGAGCACUUGAACAGGCUGGAGUCCCAGAUGACAUCAGAUAUUCAGACCAUCCUGCAGCUCCUGCAGAGGCAGUCCACACUGGGACCUCCUGCCUACAGCACUGUGACUGCUAGUCCAGACUAUCAAAGGCCAGCUGUUAUGGUCCAGCCAAUCGCUGCUUUGACCAGCAGCCAUUGCUUCAGCCAUUCAUCAUCACAAAGUCCUGAACUCAACUUGGAGAGGAGUCAUCAGGAAUCCAAAGACUCGCUGUCAGGCUUGGCUUACAUGGAUGAUUCACCCAUAGAGGACAGCCUUACAGUACUGCUUGUACAAAGAAACACACAGAACAAACAUGCAGGGCAUCAGCAUUCCAAAUCUCUCUUUCUUCCUAUUGAGGACUCCUCUCCACUAUCAGACUCAUCUCCCAACACAGGACUCCAUAGGCCAGUCUCAGACCCAGGACCUCCAAGGCCAUAGAGCAAGAUCUCUUAUUUUCAUUUUGCCUGUCUUCUCUGAAGUGUGACUCAGGGUUUCAUUCUCUCUUAAUUGCAUUGCAAUAUGUGAAGUAUCUUGUAGUUUUCCUCCUGAAAUGAUUUGCAUGACAGAUUGUUUUCGUUGCAUGGUAGCUUUGAUUCAGACCUCUGACAGGCAAGUGUGAUUUUGGUAGGUUUACAAGGUAGUACAUUUAUUUUCACCGUAGUAUGUUUCUUUUACUUUUUUUGCACGGCUUAUUUGAACCACAAGUAGCUGUAUGAUAAAGGCAUUGUCCAUAUACUUCAGACUUUGUUUUAGAUUGCAGUUUAUUUUACUAAAUGAUUAUGCAUACAUAGUAUUACAUGUUAUGUAGCACAUGGAGCUAAUGUUAGCUUAUCAAUAGGCCCAGGAAAUAUAGAUGGUGUAUUGUGCCUAUAACUAAAUCCAAAAAUCAAAUCAGUAGCUUUAUGUAGCCUCACUCUGCUCAUUCUCAACAUAAACUCAAUCACAUUGUUUUCCAAUGUAUUCUGCUCUCAUAGUAAAUGCACAUGAAUACAAUCUUAUAGGAAAGACAUGUACAAAUAUGUAAAUGUAUUUUUAUUUAUUAAGGAAUACAUUCAAGGAUGGGGUGCAAUUGAAAUGUUAGUGGUAGCGUAUGUUUGUCCUGAAGCUAUGGGAGCAAUAAAAUGAAACUGAAGCAUUUACUUUUGAAGAACUUCCAAUUGGUUGACCUCUUUUCUAAAGAUUUGGUCCACCAUAUGUUUUCAUGGGGGAAAUGUAUUUUGCACUAAAAGCUGCUUGAAUAUUCAGCAAUGCAAUUAUUUUGUGCAUGCAAUCCAUGUUCAAUGGUGUACUGUAGUAUUUACAGCAAGGGAUAACAAAUGCCCUUGCUCUCUCUUCAAUAUAAAUGAAUGAAGACAAGACAGUAUACUUGCAUGUCCAAAGCACUAAAACGUUCAAGCGAUGGAAGGAUUUAGGUUCCAUGAUUACUGUAUUAUAAUUAUAGAAUGAGUGUGUCACAUUAAGUCCAUUUCCAAACAAGGACACGUAUAACAAAGUAGCAGACAGUAAACGUAUAAUCACAAUAUUCCAACUAAUGAAUGUUUAUUUUUACAUUUCCUGAAAUGAGUAGCCUAGGUAUUGCAUGGAAAGGAAAUGCGUGGUAAAGUCCUUAGUAAUCUUUUGCAUAAAUUUUUCCUGAUUCACACAAACUAGGGGGAUAAAGAAACAAUUAGUUGGUCUAUUUUUUAAAUUAUGUUUUUGAUGCAGUUUCAACAUGUCAUGCUUUUUACACUCCACUAGAAAUAAUUGGAAUGUUUCUGCGCUGAAGUGAUUACAGACACAAUGUAAAGAGUACAGUUGAUUUAGCUAAUUACCUUGCCUAUUUCAAGAAAUAAAAAGUAUAUUUAAUACAA